CAAUCACAACCGCUGAAGUCUUUGUCCUUUGAUUCUGUGCUUCUGUGCACCAAUCAAACAGGAGGUUCAUGGCCUGAUGCAGACGCUGCUGUAUUCUAGUCAUCUUCUUCCCCAAACCAUCGCUCUUUGGAAACUGACAAGGAGCUGCCAUGGCCAACCAAUCUGACUCUUCCUGCGUGCACAAGGUUGGGUUCCCUCCCCGGAGAAGCUUGGCGACGGAUUUCACCCGCGGGCUGAAGGAAACAUUCUUCGCCGACGAUCCUUUACGCCCUUACAAGGAUCAACCGAGAUCGAAACAGCUCGCGCUGGGACUGCGUUUCUUGUUUCCAGCUCUGGAAUGGGGGAGAGACUACAACCUCAGCAAGCUUAAGGGCGACAUCAUUGCCGGACUCACCAUCGCAAGUCUUUGCAUCCCUCAGGAUAUUGGAUAUGCAAAGCUUGCCAACAUGGAUCCGCAGUAUGGACUGUAUUCCAGCUUCGUUCCGCCGCUGGUUUAUGCGGCGAUGGGUAGCUCGAGGGACAUCGCUAUCGGACCCGUAGCGGUGGUGUCUCUCUUGCUUGGGGCUCUUCUGCAGAACGAGUUCGAUCCUGUGACCCAGAAGGAGGAGUUCCGGCGGCUCGCCUUCACUGCGACCUUCUUUGCCGGAGUCACUCAAGCAGCUUUGGGUUUCCUGAGACUGGGGUUUCUGAUCGACUUCCUCUCCCAUGCUGCCAUCGUGGGAUUCAUGGGAGGGGCUGCCAUCACGAUAGCACUUCAGCAGCUCAAAGGGUUUCUCGGCAUCAAGAAGUUCACCAAGAACACGGACAUCGUUUCCGUCAUGAGGUCCGUGUGGGGAUCAGUCGAGCAUGGGUGGAAUUGGCAGACGAUGCUGAUCGGAUCAGCCUUCUUGGCUUUCCUUCUGGCUGCCAGAUACAUCGGUAAGAAGAAGAAGCAGCAGCUCUUCUGGGUUCCAGCCAUUGCUCCGUUGAUCUCCGUCAUCUUAGCCACCCUUUUGGUGUACAUCACUCGUGCCGACAAGCAUGGUGUUCAGAUCGUGAAGAAAAUAGAAAAAGGCAUCAACCCAUCAUCCGUUGAUCAGAUCCGCUUCGCCGGUUCGUUCGCUGCAAAAGGUUUCCGGAUCGGAGUGGUGGCCGGAAUGGUGGCGUUGACGGAAGCGGUAGCGAUCGGAAGAACAUUUGCGGCCAUGAAGGACUACCAAUUGGAUGGAAACAAGGAGAUGGUGGCGCUAGGAACCAUGAACAUGCUCGGCUCCAUGACAUCUUGCUAUGUAACCACAGGUUCCUUUUCGCGGUCCGCGGUGAAUUAUAUGGCCGGGUGCCAAACCACGGUGUCGAACGUGGUCAUGUCGCUGGUAGUGAUGCUGACAUUGCUGGUGCUCACACCCCUCUUCGAGUACACCCCGAACGCCAUCCUUUCUUCCAUCAUCAUCUCGGCUGUCCUGGGACUGAUCGACUACGAAGCAGCUUAUCUCAUCUGGAAGGUUGACAGAUUCGAUUUCAUGGCGUGCAUGGGAGCCUUCUUUGGCGUGGUCUUCACGUCUGUGGAGAUCGGCCUCCUGGUUGCGGUAUCGAUAUCGCUGGCGAAGAUCCUGCUGCAAGUGACCAGGCCGAGGACUGCUUUGCUGGGGAAUCUACCGGGAACGAUGAUAUAUCGGAACGUGGAACAGUACCCCGAGGCAAUUAGGGUUCCCGGAGUGCUGAUCGUGAGAGUUGAUUCGGCGAUCUACUUCUCCAACUCCAACUACGUCAAGGAAAGGAUCCUGAGAUGGCUGAGAGAUGAAGAGGAGCAACAGAAGGCAAAUGAUCUGCCGAGAGUUGAUUUCUUGAUCAUCGACAUGUCACCUGUUACGGACGUAGACACGAGUGGGAUUCACGCCUUGAAAGAGUUGCACAGAGGCCUACAAAAGCGUGAAGUGCAGCUUGCCAUUGCGAAUCCUGGUGCGGUGGUCGUCGAGAAGCUCCGUUUGGCUGAGUUCAUUGAGCUCAUAGGGCAGGAGAAGCUGUUCCUCACGGUCGGAGAAGCUGUGAUCGGUUGUGCACCGAAGGUAACUGAAGAUGUGUGAAGCAGAAGGUAUAGGAGUUCAUGCAGCAGAAAGUAGAAUAAACCGGCGACCGCUGAUAUUACAGUUCAUGUACUCAUCAACUUAAACUAAGUGGUGAAGAAGACCACGAGAGAGAGAGAGAGAGAGCUUAGCUGCUCACAUACUUCCAGCUUCGAUGAGCAGUCGAGAGCUUGUCUUCAAUAAUAACGUGCAGUGGAAAGAGAGAGAGAGAAGGGGGGGUUGCAAUCAUGUGUGAGUUGAGCACUAACAGUAAACUCACUUCAUUCCAUCACUAUAUGCCUUUGAAUAAAUACCAGCAAUGGCACCACUUCCUGA